AACAGAAGGCAGAACUCAGGAUGACCUUCACCAUGGCCUGGUCCUAUCUCCUCUUCACAUUCACUGUUCAGUGUACAGGGUCCUGGGCCCAGUCUGUGCUGACUCAGCAGCCCUCACUGUCUGGGACUCCAGGACAGAGGGUCACCAUCUCCUGCACUGGAAGCAGUAACAAUAUUGGGGGUGGUUAUUAUGUAAGCUGGUAUCAGCAGUUUCCAGAAACAGCCCCCAAACUCCUCAUCUAUGGUAAUAGUAAUCGACCCUCAGGAGUCCCUGAUCGCUUCUCCGGCUCCAAGUCUGGCAACUCUGCUUCACUGACAAUCACUGGGCUCCAGCCUGAGGAUGAGGCUGUCUAUUACUGUCAGUCUUAUGACAAAAGCCUCAAGGCUAUCACAGUGCUUCAGGCUUAUGGGGAAGUAAGACAAGAACCUCUUUACCAUCUGUCAGGAGGGCAAACACCCUGGAGUUUUGUUCAAGCUUGGUCUCUGACUUUUACUGUUACCAGUACUCUAGGCCCAGAUGAACCUCCUGGCACUUCAUUGAGUGUCCUCUGUCCUCAGAGUCUUUCACAGCAUCGUGUUCCUAGGAAAAUGUCUCCACAGCAGGCAUUUUGUCCUCAGAUUCAGAGUUGUUUGAAGGCUCUUCUGAGUCAUGUUUCUAUGUUUGCCUUGCUCACUAGUUCAGCACCCACAGAAGAAGGUGUCAGUGAUGGCUACAUCAGGACUACACCUCCAUUGUCCUAG